AUGAUUAAAUUGGAAUGCGUGUCCUUUAUGAACAAUCAACGGGGAGAUGAAUUGAGGAUCAUGGGUUGUUUUGGCUUCUGCAAAGGAGAUGAUAGUGUUGCAAUUGCUGACAGAGGACCUUUCACGCAAAGCACUCUUACUGGGAACGCUGCCAGUUAUCCUGGCAGACAUACAGCAGCAACUGUUCCUAGGCCUAUAAAUUUUCAACCUAUUGCUGUCCCUUCCAUUACAGUAGAUGAGUUGAGGUCUUUGACAGAUAAUUUUGGCCAAAAAUCUUUCAUUGGUGAGGGUGCAUAUGGGAAAGUAUAUCAUGCUACAUUAAAAAAUGGGCGUGCAGUGGUAAUCAAAAAGUUAGAUUCCAGUAAUCAGCCAGAGCAAGAAUUUCUUUCUCAGGUCUCCAUCGUAUCAAGGCUAAGGAAUGAAAAUGUUGUUGAGCUUGUUAACUAUUGCGUUGAUGGUCCUUUCCGUGCCCUUGCCUAUGAGUAUGCUCCUAAAGGAUCCCUCCAUGAUAUUCUACAUGGACGAAAAGGUGUCAAGGGUGCACAACCUGGUGCAGUACUCUCGUGGGCUCAAAGAGUUAAAAUUGCUGUUGGGGCAGCAAAGGGACUUGAAUAUCUUCAUGAAAAGGCAGAGAUUCACAUCAUCCAUCGUUACAUUAAGUCUAGUAACAUACUUCUUUUUGACGAUGAUGUUGCAAAAAUUGCUGAUUUUGAUUUGUCAAAUCAAGCCCCUGAUGCAGCAGCGCGUCUUCAUUCUACCCGUGUUCUUGGGACCUUUGGUUAUCAUGCUCCAGAAUAUGCAAUGACUGGACAACUCACUUCAAAAAGUGAUGUUUAUAGCUUUGGAGUUAUACUGCUGGAACUCUUAACCGGACGUAAACCAGUUGAUCAUACACUGCCCCGAGGACAGCAAAGCCUUGUCACUUGGGCAACACCAAAGCUUAGUGAAGAUAAGGUGAAGCAGUGUGUUGAUGCUAGACUAAAGGCAGAGUACCCUUCGAAGUCAGUUGCAAAGAUGGCUGCUGUUGCUGCAUUGUGCAUACAAUAUGAAGCUGAGUUUCGGCCAAACAUGAGCAUUAUAGUGAAAGCUCUACAGCCUCUACUGAAUACUCGUUCUGUUCACUCAAAGGAAUCACCAAACAUGUAA